UUAAUUUGAAUAGUGUGACAUUUAGAAGUGCAAUUGGCAAACGUGCGCUGUGGUUAUUUAUAAAGGCACAUACUUUGUGUUUUGAGAAUACGCGCGCGCAUUCUUGGUUAGAGAUUUAAAUAAAGACGGAGGAUGGACGUCACUCGGCCAUCAUGCGCCCUCCUUGUUCUACUAGUGCUAUACAUUUUAAACCUCGCAACAUGUAUGAAUGCGAAGAUAAACUUCAGGGAGAAAGAGAAACAGAUCCUGGACCAGAUCCUUGGUCCAGGACGUUACGACGCCCGCAUCAGACCCUCCGGAAUCAAUGGAACUGGCGAAGCGCCAACGUUAGUUCGCGUCAACCUGUAUCUCCGAUCCAUCAGCAAAAUAGAUGAUUACAAAAUGGAAUACUCCGUUCAAUUGACGUUCAGGGAGCAAUGGUUAGAUGAGAGACUCAAGUUUAAUAACUUGGGGGGUCGUCUCAAGUACUUAACCCUGACGGAAGCGAACAGAGUAUGGAUGCCGGAUCUUUUCUUCUCCAAUGAGAAGGAAGGUCACUUCCACAACAUAAUCAUGCCGAAUGUUUACAUUCGUAUCUUCCCCAACGGAAACGUGCUGUACAGCAUCCGAAUUUCCCUUACUCUCUCCUGCCCCAUGAACCUCAAGCUCUACCCGUUGGAUAAGCAGACGUGCUCCUUGCGAAUGGCCAGUUAUGGCUGGACGACUGAUGACCUAGUGUUCCUGUGGAAGGAGGGAGAUCCAGUCCAGGUUGUGAAGAACCUACACCUGCCUCGCUUUACGCUCGAGAAGUUCCUCACUGAUUAUUGCAACAGCAAGACUAAUACUGGUGAAUACAGUUGCCUCAAAGUAGAUCUGUUAUUCAAGAGAGAGUUCAGUUACUACCUCAUUCAGAUCUAUAUACCCUGCUGUAUGUUAGUCAUAGUGUCCUGGGUAUCAUUCUGGCUGGACCAGGGAGCUGUACCAGCGCGAGUGUCUCUAGGAGUAACUACACUGCUUACGAUGGCGACGCAAUCGUCGGGCAUCAACGCUUCCCUGCCCCCCGUCUCAUACACCAAAGCCAUCGACGUAUGGACGGGGGUCUGUCUAACCUUCGUGUUCGGAGCGUUACUAGAGUUCGCUCUAGUGAACUAUGCGUCUCGCUCCGACAUGCACAGAGAGAAUAUGAAGAAAACGAGACGGGAGAUGGAAGCUGCCGCCAGCAUGGAUGCGGCGUCGGACCUGCUGGACACGGACAGCAAUACAACGUUUGCGAUGAAACCGCUGAUGCGCGGUGGUGUGGUGGACUCCAAGAUGCGGCAGUGCGAGAUCCACAUGACGCCCCCACGGAAGAACUGCUGCCGACUCUGGAUGUCCAAGUUCCCGACGCGUUCCAAGCGGAUAGAUGUCAUCUCCAGGAUCACCUUCCCGCUUGUCUUCGCGCUCUUCAACCUUGCUUACUGGUCGACGUACCUGUUCCGCGACGAGGACGAGGAGAAGUGAUUCUCCGUGUCUACGUCGGGCGGCGUGGAGGGGGCGCGCCUCGCCGCCGCCGUGCUCGCGCCCUACGCGCUGUUCGCGCUCGUGUACUUGCUGUGUCUGCGUCCGCGCCCGCCCCGCGCUCCCCGCACGUCCCGCACGCCCCGCACGCGCCACCUCUGACUCCGCUGGCUCCCGUGUACGGGUCUCGUCUCGUAGAUGAUCUCUUUCGUCGUCGUUUCGAUAUUCAUCUCGUUAGUCGAUGAAUUGACGCGAUUUAAAACUGAAUUUUUGAGAUUCGUAUAAAUUCCAAAAAACGAAAGGAUCAUUUGCGAUAUGAGACCGUUUAAUGCAACGGACGUAGAGUCUGAAGUCUGUGGUCUCGGGGCCGUCGAGCGGUGGCGCCAGAUUUGCCGGUGCGCUCGCGCAGUCCGCUUCCUUUGGCUCCGCACUUCCUUCUAGGUCAUGAAGGCUUUCACCGGUAUUGAUAAUGGAAACAAACAGAGUGAUCAUCGACAUCAUCAUCACACAGUCUACUUACACACUUCGACCUUGAAUUGAAGGUUCUGAAAGGCAUAUACACGUAAAAUACAUCAUUUCAUCGACGCAUUGGUAGUGCACACACGACUUGCCAAAUGACCUAUCAAAUUUACAAACAUUUGGAAUCGUAUAAAUUACUGGAAGAAAUACAAUUUAGGACAACAUCUAGAACUAAACCUGACUCUGCAGAUUUUUAGAGUACAUCGCUGAAACUUAACGCAUCAGAUCUAGCAUGGUUCUGAAUUUUGGCAUUUUAGUUGUAUACGUAUUAAUUGUUCGAAUCAAUCUUCUAUUACAUAUUCAUUCAUUUCAUCACUAUCUUCCAUUCAAUUUCAUUCUAUUUGACAGUUUUCAAUUGUGCCAAUAUAAUAAUUUGCCAAUGUCACACAUCUAUCUGCCUUUAGGAAUCUUAUGUCAAUAUUCAUUUAAUAACUAAAUCACAAACAAUUUGCUUCCAGACUUCUUCGAUCUAAACAUUCGAUACAUUUAUAUUUACAUGAUAUUUUAGCCAAAAAAAGACCAAGAAUGGACGAACUCAAAAUCGAUGACGAGCAAUCUAUUUACACAAGGCAGCGUUCAAGCGCGUAGAUUAAUUUCAUCAUUUAGUUUAAGGAAGCACGAAAUCAUGAUAUAAUUUAUUAAAAACCAUUGUAAAAUAAACAUUAUUUUCAAUAAAAAUUUUGGAUAAUUUUAUUCGAUGAAUUCUACUGCGGUGUCAUAUAUAUAUGUAUGGGCUACUUACUGAUAGAAAAGUACAAGCAAGUAACUGUUUUAUUGUCACUGAUAUUAAUGAACUACGCACAUUUAAAAUAUAUGUCUGAACGGUUAACGUGUGAAUUUUACAUAUAAAUUAAGGAGAAUUCGACUAGUUGCGGAUAA